AUGCAAUAUUACUCUGAACGCUACGAGAACAUAUAUAGCAGCCGUAUGGCCGUCCUUGAAAGUUGCUCUGGUCGUACUCCAACUUCGGUAAGCACAAUUGCAAUCACGCCAACUCCCAAAUCAACCAGAGUUCUUCCCGUCCAAGAAGAUGAUACUGAUCGCUGCAUAUCAACGAACAUGGUUCAAGUCACAUCAAUUCCAAUCCCAAAUCUAGGCCCAGCUCCCACUCCAACCAACAUCGAGUACCAUGUUGGAGACAGCGUAAGCUGGCAGAAUCCAAGUUCGCCUUUUGUUACCAUUCCAGAAAAGCAUUUGAAGAAUUCGAAAAGAGGCUGUCCAGCCUCGAGAAAAUGGACUUGGCCGACAGAAGUGCCGUCGAAAGCCGGCAGCGAAGUCGUACACGUUUGGUGGAAAUACGGACUCGAUUUUGCGGACGAAAUGUCGAAACAACUCCACGCUUGCUUGGGGAGGAAGACGGGGAUGCCACUUUUGAGGACGUGGUUAGCGACUGGGGACAAGUCAACUAAGGAGGACAAAAAAGACGAGUAUCCAUCAAGUGACGAGGGGUACUACGGGGAACAACAUCAUCAUUAUAUCCAAUUUGACAAAAACACUACGAUCGCCACGUGGGCUAUCCAAGAUACCGAACGAGCAAAAAACCCUCUAAUAACGAUGCAGACAAGUACGACAUGCUCCAAGAUAGUCUAUGAGCCCAAGUCAACCCUUCAUAUAACCAAACCCGUGUGCUCCCAAUGA